UUCCUCCUAGAAGGAGGUUCCUGCUCCCUCGCCCGAGAGCUGGAGGAUAUAGUCCCUUCCCCCCGUCGCUCCCUCUGGCCGGGCCCCCCGGAGUCCUCGCUUGGGCGAGGUCGGAGGGAGAGGCCGCGGGCGGACCGGUCAGUAAAGGGAGCUCGGCCACCACCCAAACUGGUCUUGCUCUUUGGAGUGUCCAAACGCCCCAGGUUCAGACUUGAAUCGACAGAGCCCUGGAGGCGGUCAUCCCCGCCUUGUUUGAGGCUCGGGAUGCGCCUGGCCGCUCUGGUCCGCGCCGGCCUUUAGGCUCUCGCAGCUCGAACGUUGAAUCGUCCGGCCAGGCUGAGGGGCAGUCAGAGCUCACACUCCCAUUGUUUCUAGUCCAGCCCAACCCCUCUGCACCAGGAGGUUGUCUGCUGAUCGCUUGCACCUUGUCCAAAUCCACCCACUCCACCAGCUUGUCUUUCUCGGAAUCGCUUUCUGAGACCUGUUGCCGAGUCUCCCACUCUUGCGUUCGAGAUCUUUGACACAGCUUCUUUUUAACAAUUCUUACCCCCGCCCCCGGAGGUUCUGUUGGGCCCGAUCUAAGGGUUUUUCAAAAUUAUGAUACAAGGUAGAAAGCUCUCUGCGCUCAGAGAGUUGAGAGGAGGAGAAAUCACUUGGAAGGGCUAAUAAAGGCUCUGAGGAGAGGGCACAAUCAUGUGUUGUACCUUUAAAGGCAAGAAGACUGAGAACAGUGGCGAUCGAAGGGGGAGGUUGGGCUCUCCCGCAAAGCUGAUUGAUAUCUUAGUAAACAAUGAGAGAAAGGGGCCCUGAGACCUGCAAAAGGAGGAGGAUUGGAUUACUGACUGCGGUCACGAACGAGGCACCUGUGAUUUCUCAUCCUCUGGGCAGCGACUGCCAGGCGCCAUUCAGUGGACACCCGGGACUUGCAGCGUGUUACCUGCCUAGUAUUUUCCCGGCAGAGAUGUGGUAUGGUGUGUUCCUGUGGGCACUGGUGUCCUCUCUCUUCUUUCAUGUCCCUGCUGGAUUACUGGCCCUCUUCACCCUCAGACAUCACAAAUAUGGUAGGUUCAUGUCUGUAAGCAUCCUGUUGAUGGGCAUCGUGGGACCAAUUACUGCUGGAAUCUUGACAAGUGCAGCAAUUGCUGGAGUGUACCGAGCAGCAGGAAAGGAAAUGAUACCAUUUGAAGCCCUCACCUUGGGCACUGGACAGACGUUUUGUGUAGUGGUGGUCUCCUUUUUACGAGUUUUAGCUACUCUAUAGCAUACACCCUCAAGCUAUGAUGUCGAACCUAAGUUUUAUAGAAUCCUCCAAAAGAAUACAUUAUGGAAUGUAGUGUUUUCUUAGUUCUUCAAAUGGAAGCAACUCAGAUGAAAAAGUAUGCGAAGAACAACAUCUCAGCCCUUUCUUCGGUUUGAAGUUCUGGGAAUUGAAUGGAAGAUCUUUCUGAACUCCUAUUAUUCUCAACCAAAACAGAUCAAGUUUCUUUUCUUUCGUUUUUUUUUUUUUUUUGGUAGAUAUUUAAUUUAAGCGGUUUUACAGGUGCACCUUUACCCACGCCAGGUCGACAGUGCUUCUGGGUUAGCAUCCUUUGCACUGAAAUUUACAAUGAUCUGUGAGAAAAGGCAAUGUUGCAUAUUUCAGAGAAACUAUAGAGAAUAUUGGUUUAUUUCUGAGCAGAGUAUACAUACUAAAAUCUUAUUUGGUCUAAUCUUGAUUAAAAUCUGGCAGACUCUUCUUUUGUUACAUCCUCAUGACACUCAGUGCCAAGUAGGUUUCAGCUGAGUAUAGCUUUGAGCACAAAAACAGAAAAAAAAAUCUGUAACACAAGUAGUGGCUUUCAUUCCACUAUUUAAAGACAAAGGAGAUACCUACAGAAUGAUGUGACAUUUUAUGGAUAACUAGCUUGACCUCUAAUUAUUUAAUAUAUUUUAAGAGAUGUGAAUUUCUUGUACAUUCUGUGAAAAUAAGCUAGCUAAUGGAGAGUUUUUUUUCUGAAUUCCUGUACCGCUCUUUCCUAUCAGUUUUAUUCUAUUAAUUUUAUUUAGUUUAAUUGGAAACAUACCCUAUUAAGUAGCUCCAGUUAGAAAUUUUAAGCCAGAGCGGUUAGCCUACUCUUUUAACAUGGAGGCACACAAAAAAAAAGAUACUUAAACAUUCUGUUAGUUUUUCUUAGUGACUUUGGUUUAUUAAUGGCUCUUGAAAAAUUGUGAAAGUGCAGCUUGAAGUAGAGUUCAUGGUUAUGGAUUUCUUAGUCUUAACGUGCUUCCCUAGCAGUGGGUCUUCAGCCCACUUUGACAGUAUUGGGUGUCACUCCCAGAAAGUGCCUAAAGUUAAUUUUCAGAUAUCCUUCCACUGUGCCCUCUGCGUUUUCCUUCAAGAGAAUUUAUAUCCUUAAAGAGAAUUAAAUAUCGAGAGUUUUUUUAACCCAAUUUUAGCUGUUUUAAUUUUUCUUCUACUGCCUUUCUUUUUCAUUAAAAGGCCUGAAAACUGUGACCUUCAAAAGAGAAUUGCAAAAAUGAAGUAUCUAACUUGAUCCUUCCCACCUAAACUGUUUUGUAUGGAAUAUAAUCAGUGUUGUUUUCUGUUUUCAAAAUAGUUUCUGGUAAUUAAAGCUGACAUUUUUAAAGGAAAGUUUUGAUUGUGAGAGUAGGCUCAUGAGGUCAUGUGCACACGAAUGUAUCUGUUCCAAUAAGAGCAAUAGGCACUCGGCUUCUGGUUAAAAAAUAGCCAGGAGGACCAAUUUAACCAGAGAUAGUCAAAGAGAAAAAUUACAAAGAGAUCACAAAAAUUAACUGGACAUUUUGUUUUAAUAGGCCAUUAGACCACUUGUCAAAAUUAUAGUGACUUAUACUCAAGACCAGGUGGAAAAUUACAAGUAGAGCUGGAAUGCAGGCAGAUGUCCUUAAAAAUGCCCCAACAAGACUACCCUCCAAUGCUCAAAUCUUUCAAGCAAAUUUUAAGUCUUUAGUUAAAGGCUCCAUUUUUCAGUUCAAGGAGCUGUGAUUUUGAAAAGUACCCCUUCAGUUUAAGAAAUCUGUGGAUGUUGUAUCCUUUAUUAUAGGAAAUGAUUUUAAUCAUCUCUAUUGAAGGAUGCCUCUUAGCAUUCUCACCUAAAACAUUCCUUUGGAUAGAAUUUCACAAAUUGAACAUGUGGGCCAGUGGUUGGAGGGCCCCUCCCCCUGAACUAAUUCUUGAAUAUAUUGAUCCAUGAUUUAAAUGUUUGGUUAUUUUUCUUUUAGAGCCACAACACAAAAAUGAAUGCAUUUUGUUUCCAUCUGUUUCUUGUUUGCUAUAUUUUGAUUAUCCACUCUUUUUAAAAACUUUAAAUAUAAAAUGUAUGUAUCUUCAAAUUAUUGAAUGUUUCAUCCAUCCCACUAUGUGAAUGUUCUCCUGUGAAUAAAUGUAUAUAGACUUUAUAUAGAUUGAGCUUUGUAGCUUGAAAUGUUUUCAGGGAGAAACUAUUUGAAUGAUAAAGAGUGUCUGUUCUCUCUUGUUUUUGUUGUUGUUUUUAAAUUUCUCGUCUCAAAUACACAAUUAUUUGGGGGUGGUUGCUCAGAUGAAAAAAUAUUGGCAUUUAUGUUCAACAUUUUAUUUUACCAUGUAUAGUUUUUUGAGAAUUUUUGCCAACAAUGGCUUUCUUAGAGACAUAUACAACCACCCCUCCCCCAGCUCUGCACUCACUUUUCUUUUUCUUUAUGCAGAGGAGGGAGGCAACCCCCAACCAUAAAAGCUGAUUUCUGGAUUCUUUAAUAUGGGGAUUUGGAAGUAAAGCCAUUUCAUGAAAACUUAAGUCCAUAUACAAAUGCGUAAUGAAUAUUCCAAGAGAAAGAUGUCUCUUUGUGCUAUUAACUUUUUUUUUUUGCAUCAAAACAUUACUUCUUAGGAAAUGUCUAAAGUAGUGAGAAAAAGUUCAUGCAAAUAACUACCUUUAAACCCUUCUUCAUGUUUUUUAAGUUUUUAAAUUGUAUGUUGGCUUUUGAUUCCAAUGUCCUGACUGCUCUGGUUUGAAUUAAGUUCUUAUUACAACUGCAGUGCAUACCAGCCUUCCUUAAGAACCCAUUUCCUGGAAUGUGAAGCCCCAGUGCCAUUAGCUCUCCACACACAGGAAGUUUUGUGUACGUGCAUUUCUUUUUUGUGCACUGUCUUAGGCUGGUUGUGACUAAAAUCAGCUUAACUUUUUGUAUUAGAUUAUUUCACUAACUGCUACAGUCAAAAUGAUCAAAUCUUUGUACAAUAGAAAAUUAUUUAAAUUUUAUUUUUCUACUGACAUUUCUAAUUCUGGUAUAAAUGUUUAUCAAUAAAGAAUUACUUUCAAUUCUG